AUGGGCCGCCGAUCACCCUGGAAUCAGGAAUAUGCUCCUCCAUCAUUGUCUCAAUUGCCAGAGUCUCAUCUCAUCUCGUGGAAUACAGUCAUGGAGGACCACAAGUCGUUGCCGUCGCAUGUUGAACAUGUCGAUAUUGAAAACGCAAAAGGCCAUGAGAUCGCCAAGGAAGACGUCGCGGUCAUGGGCACCGUCAAGUUGACUGAUGGCCAAAUCGUGUAUAUCCCUACACCAACAGCCGAUCCCCAGGAUCCGUUGAACAUGCCGACAUGGCAGAAGACGAUGGUCAUUAUCGUGAUCUCAAUCUUCUCUUGUCUCGGCCUUUCACUUGUUUCGGGCUUUGGUGGUCUUCUGGGUUUCUACAUCCCGGAGUAUGCAGCAGCCGGCAAAGGCUACGCUGACAUUACGCACAUGAUGACUUACCCGACACUCUUCAUGGGUAUCGGUAACUUGAUCGGAAUGCCCAUCGCUUACGCUGUCGGUCGUCGCGUCGUUUUACUCGUUUCCACAGUCAUCAUGAUAGUCGGUGCGAUUCUCUGCGCAUAUGCCAAGAACUAUGAAUGGCAUCUUGCCGCUAGAAUGGUCAUUGGACUCUCGGCUGGACAGAGCGAAGCCCUAGUGCCCAUGAUCACACAGGAAAUCUUCUUCCUUCACGAGCGUAGCAAGGGUCUCAUGAUCCAACAGACCGUCCAAGUCAUCCUGACGGCAGUAUGGACCGUUUUUGCUAGUCCCAUCGCCGCUGCCAUCACACCCCAGUGGUGGUAUGGACUCGGGGCCGUCCUCUCCGGUGUACAACUCAUUCUCGCAUUCUUCUUCGUUCCCGAGACGAAGUACUACAGGCCCCUGUCCUCCUUCCAGGAGUCCGAUUCGGCGAGUGACAAGGACGGAGAGCCCAUUACCAGGGUCUGCACCACGCGCCCGGAAUUGGACAAUGUCAACUUCCUCCCGCGCACCCUGCGAACUGAUCUUCGUCUCUGGGUCGGCGAACCGGAGUGGAAGAAGGGGUGGCAGACUUUCGUGCAGGCAUUCGAGCUGCUAUUCUUCCCCAAUGUACUCUGGGCGUUGUGCCUGAAUGGACUGACCCUCGGAGUCAACAUCGCCAUCGGUACUACCUAUGGAUCUAUCAUCACCCACGCGCCGUACAACUGGCCCGAUUCGUCCGCCAGUUAUGUGAACUGUGGCCAAAUCAUCACCGCGCUGGUUGCUCUGCCCUUCUUCGGACAUGGGUCUGACCGCCUGAUUCGAUGGUUUGCCGACCGCCGCAACGGUCUACACGAGCCUGAGACUCGAAUCAUCCCCCUGGUCCUACCUAUCAUUGUCGGUGUGAUCACAGCCGUCCUCUACGGCCAGGGUGCCACGCACCCCGAGAGCUACCAUUGGUUCACCUACGUAUGGGCUGUGGCUGCGUACUACUUUGCCUUCGUCGGUGCUAACAUUGUGGCGAUCACUUAUUUGCUAGACAGCUACCCGGCACGCGCGGGCCCGCUUCUGAUCAUUAUCUGCGCCUUCCGAGGCAUCAUUUCCUUUGGCGUCAGCUAUGGUAUCAGCCCAUUCAUUGAGCAAAAUGGGUACGACGGUGCCUUUAAUGCUUUUGGAGGACUGACUGGUGGGCUUGGCGCGCUAGGCAUUUUUGUUUAUAUUUUUGGCAAGCGUAUCCGCCAGUUCACAGGAAGGUUCUCAAAGGAUAAGUCGGAGUAG